AUGGCUGAGAGGCAACCGGGCAUGCUUCCAAGUAAGACAGAGUCUAAUCCAAGGGAGCAUGCCAAAGUAAUUACUUUGAGAUUAGGUAAGGAACUUCCUAGUCCAUCUAUGCCGUUUACUAAUGAUGAUUCUGAUGUGCAGGUGGAUGAAUCGAAAAAGGAAGACAAGCCUGAGGAGAAAGGAAAGGAAGCAGUUGAAGAGAAGGAGGAUUCGAAGAAGAUCCCCUUGAGGCCAUACCAACCUCCCAUUCCAUAUCCUGCAAAACUCAAACAGGAUAAAAUUGAUCAGCAAUUCAAUGCCAAACAGCACUUCAUUCGAGUAGAGGCUUUUCAGCCGGACCUUUUACAACGUCAGGCUGAGUUUCAGAGCCAAAUGAUGGCUCAGUUUGAAAGGCAGAGGGCUAUGCUUCAAGCCCUAAUUGAGCAGGGAGAUUAUGCCCCUGCCAGUCUGCGGAGCCGGGUUCCAGUACAGAGCCAUUUUGACAUCCCUCUAGCGGAUGAUCCAGCUGACCCUUCUUCUCCGACUGAGCAUCCUUCACCAGAGCAGCCUGACGAGCCUCCUACCGACGUUGUUCCUGCUGACCCACCAGCUUCUGCAGGUGACAUUACUUCCAACCCUCAGCGAGCAGCCACUCCUCCACCACAGACUAGCCAAUGCCCUAAUAUCCCUAAUGAUGCACCCCUUUUCCCUCCGGAGCCAUAG